AAAUAUAUUAAAUACCAACCUAGAAGUCCACAUAAAGCCAUUUUGAGACUUUUGAGAAGGUAUUUCUGUUUCCUGACCGGCUGUGCCUUGGUGAUGUUGUGAACAUAACUGAACGGGACUUGGCCAUUAAGGUUUGGACCGGGAAAUGCUGAGCUAGAACCGGAGUUGGAUUUCCUAAGCGUGAAACAAGAUGGCGAGCCGCCCUCGGACCCCUUGAACUGUGCGUGUCAGAAGGAGAAAAACUCCCCCUGCUGGACGUUGCGUUCUUUCACUGGAAUCUGGUAGGAUUUAUCCAUACACCUCUGCAGAAGAACGCUGGACUCACAAAGCACGGGAUAACCAUUCAGAAUAAUUCUGGGAUUUAUGGUUAAAGGAGAAAUACAUUUUUCCUUUUGUUUUUUUUUUUGUUUAAAGAGUUUGUUCAGCCUUUUGCUGAAUUGUUUUAAGUUUUUACAUUUAUGCUGUUUAUUUUUUUAUUUUGGUCAACCACACAUUUUAAUGCUGUCAUGGUAUUAAUGAAAAUGUAAAUUUUGUGGGUGAAACCAAAUAGGAAAUAAUUGAAAUUUAAAGGUGAACUAAACCAAAAUUAAAUUAAAUUUUGGAAUUAAAGGACUAAACUAGAUUUAAAAUAACACAGUGUUAACUUAAAUAGAUUAAAGAACAAACUUGAACUUAGAACUUAAAAUUAAUAAAACAACAACCUAGGUUAAAUAGCAUCCUUUUAAAGCCAAAUUAAAGGUUUUGAGACAAAUAGGAUAAACGGGAACUACUGGACAAAAAGGGGAAAAUUAAAAUAUCUUAUUUCCCUGGUGUUAAUUGUUUUAUGUGUAUUGUGAAUUGUAUGUCAACUGUCUAUUUUCUGUUUUUUUUUUCUAAAAAUAAUAAGCCGGUGAUUUAAACUUAUUUUCUGGUCUGUGGGUUUUUUAUGACAAGUCACCUUCAUACUGCUCUAGUAGUCGAACCUAACUGGUCCUAGUAUACUGUAACGACUCCAGAAGUGUUACAAAGGUGGCGAGCCAGCCAGGAGCAGUAAUUAAACCCUUAAAUCUUGUUUUUCUGACCCAGACCUCAUAAUUAGGCCAAGUCCGGCAAAAUGGAAAUAGUCAACAGAGAGAGUGUUAAAAUUCCUAACUCAGUCAUUGUUAGUGGGAUUACAGACACAGACGCUGAUGAAGCUUUAAAAGACUUUUUGAACAGAUAUGGUCGAAUCGCAAGAAUCCUUAAAAUAGACGAUCCCAAAUCUCCUUACCACAAAAAUGUUAUUGUGGAGUAUGAGAGUGGAGCUGCUCUUUCAGCCCUUGAACCCUUACUACCAUACACAUUUGAAUGUCCAAGUGAGGUUUCUUACCAGAUCAGAGCCUUGUCACCUGAGUACAUAGCAGCUGUUACCAACAGCAUCACCAGCAGUUUUUUCUGUGAACUGCAAAACAUUGCUAGACUUAGUGGCAACUCUUUCGAAACUGUUUUGCAUGAACACCUUUCCAAAUGUGCUCAGUCAGUCACAGACAUGCUACCACCUCUUAGCCCAGACACCCAAAGUGAACCAGCAACCCAAGUACAAGCUAAUGAUCAACCUAUCCAAAGUGAACCUGCAGAACCAUUCAAAGCCAACGUACGGAUCAGUGAUUCUGAGUCAUUCAACCAGACACAACCAGAUGUACAGACUACCAUUCCACAGAGCUUUAUAACACACCCAGAGGUACAUAAAGUUGUAGUAGAGCACAUAGUGCGAAAUGAAGCUCUUGUCUCACCAGUGAGCGCCUCCUUCCGCCUCAGACAAUUUUCUGGCAAAUCACCUUGUCCUACCCAUGAGGUAGACUUUGAUACAUGGCGCCACAGUGUAGAGCUCCUACUUCAAGAUUCCGAUCUGUCUGACUUGCAACGCUCACGGAAAAUCUUAGACAGUCUAGUAUCGCCUGCUGCUAACGUGGUGAAGCCUCUGGGCCCUGAAGCCUUGCCUUCAGCUUAUCUCGAACUACUACAUUCAGCUUUCGGCACAGUGGAAGAUGGCGAUGAGCUUUUUGCCAAAUUUCUCAACACCUUACAAGAUGCAGGUGAAAAGCCUUCACACUACCUCCAUCGUUUGCAAACAGCUCUCUCAAAAGCUCUGAAAAGAGGUGGUGUUGCAUCUGGUGAAGCAGACAGACACCUUCUGCGUCAAUUCUGUCGGGGGUGUUGGGAUAAUGCUUUGUUAGCAGACCUUCAGCUCGAAAGGAAAAAAGAUGAACCCCCCACGUUCACCGAGCUGCUGCUACAGUUGAGAGUAGAAGAGGACAAGCAUACUGCAAAAGAAAGCCGAAUGAAAAAACAUUUUGCUGCCACCAGACCAAAAGUAGCCUCUCACUCUAUUGUUGCAAAUGCUGACUUCCCUGCACUCACCAUGCAAAAUGACCUAACUGAAAUGCGAACACAAAUAACUGCGUUACAAAGCCAGCUGACAAGACUAAAACCCCAAAAAGUAGAACCGCCUGUAGAUCCACAGAAGAAUCUGGUAACAGAACUAAAAGCGCAAAUCACUCAGCUUCAAAGCCAUCUUGCAACAUUAACCUCGAACCCUCCUAAGAAAAAGUCUAACCCGCCAAAAGCUAAUGCUAAGACUCACUCCAAAGCACCUGAACGAACGUCUUUGACACCCCAAGCUGCGAAGGGUAGGCCAAAGCCUGGAUACUGUUUCCAGUGCGGCGAAGACGGCCAUAUUGCCUCUGCGUGCCCAAAUGAUCCAAAUCUGUCAUUGGUUGCUGACAAAAGGAAACAGUUGAAGGAAAAACAGUUAUUGUGGGAUAGACAAAACAAUCAAACUCAGCCUUUAAACUAA